GUAUUUGUUUUGGUGGAGAGGAGCGGUAGAGCUGAGGGAUCCGUUUAGCAAUGCUGGGGAGCCGGGAAGCAGGGGAGGCGAUCGCGAACCGGACCCACCCCGGGGAGGAGAAGCCCCCCGGCCGCGCGGGACCUCAUCUGUCCGGCCUGGUGAGCUGGAAGCGGAGACCGUGCAGGACCUCAGCCCUGUUCGCUGCAGCCAACACGGUGAUCUGGUUUGUUGCCUUCAGCUCCUGUCGGGUCUACAGCCUCCUGGCCGUYCUGCUCGCUCUCCUAGUCAUCAUAAUAACGGCCAGAGAUGUUAUUUGGACCAGAUUUUCGGGAGCUCAGCUGUGGAGCAGCAUGACAACAAGCUGGGAGAUCAUUGAUUCAGGUCCUGACAGCCGGUCAGGAACUGGACUUCAGCUYGGUGAUUCCCUCAAACUCUUCCUGCAGGAGACGUCGGCUUUCAAACAGCAAAACCCAGGCAAGUUUUGCCUGUUGGUUUGCAGCUUGUGCACCUUUUUUGCCCUGUUAGGGCGCUACAUUCCAGGGAUCGUCAUCUCAUAUAUCUUAGUUCUGGGCUUUUUCCUGUGGCCUCUGAUUUCAUCUCAUGAUGCUGGUUUGUGGCUGAAGCCAGCUCUGCAGAAGCUGGACUUUGGCGUCGGACAGUUUUUGCAGAAAAUCAAGGAGAACCAUGAGAAGAGACUCGUUGAGGCUCAGACUGAGAAAGAAGGUAUAGAAUCGGACCUUUCCUCCAUGUUUCCCAAGCUGGACUCUACAGUUUGUAAAGAAAUGUCUGUGUCGGACACCGAGGUGUCUGAUGUGACCUGGACAGACAAYGGUACUUUCAACCUAUCAGAGGGACACACACCUCAGACGGAGAACUCAGAGGACCUGGAUAAAGAGGAAGCGUUCGCUGGUGACCUCCCAGAAUUCCCUUCUCUGGAUAACGGCACGUCAACCAAUGGUGAUGACGAUGACCUCAGCCUUGACCUCGCCUUACCUCCGCUUCAUCCCCAGCAGCCAAUCAGAUCAAAGCAUUCAUCUCGUUCAACACAYACAGGCCAACGUGCAGACGACACCUUGGAGCUGGUCCACCAGAUGGCAGAUGAUGUCAUCACCGCAGCCGUCACAGCCGCCAUCCAGGAGAGGAUAGAAGCAGUGGUCAGCUCCGUGGGUCUGAGCCAAGACACCGGACGGUCAAGACCCCCCGAUUCCACCCGGCUGCUGGAGCUGGACCAGGAUUCAGACAGCGAGGUGGAGGACUUUGAGCUGCUGGACCAGUCGGAGCUGGAGCAACUGGAAGGGGAGCUGGGGCUUCUAGAGGAGAAGACCAAGUGUAAAGAGGAGGAGCAGGGUACGAGCGACAAACCGCCUUCGUCUGGGUUCUUCUCCAAACUCCUCAGACGCCACUGAUGGAGGAGAAGGUCUGCAGGGGGCAGGAACAGCUCACAGAGAACACAUGCUGGGGAGAAGGGGAGCUUUCUUCACUGCAAAGAAAACAAUGUUUCCAUUUUUCUUUAUGUUGCACAGCUGAUGUGAACAGUUUUAGUUUGAAUAAAUGAGCAGAUGGAGGUUCAGCCUCGUUAAUCAGAAUCAGCUCAGUUUAAAACUGACAUCAUCUGAGCCCAAUAAAACCUAAAUCACAUGGGAUCCAGCCUGUCACACACACUAACUCUGUCAGCAGAAAACCUGAAAAACUAAAUAUAAAUGAUGCUGAUAGAAAAUCACAAGUGGGAAAAACUUUGAUUGAACUAUAUUUAUCUGUAACUUUAAAUACAUAAAUAAAUCUUUAUUCUCUGAUGAGCAACCUCUCAAAAUUGCAUCAAAUAUUUGGAACAAAAAAUGUUUUUUUUUAAAGUUCUUACAUAUUUUGAUCUCAUUUUCUUUAUCAUGCAAAAACUAAUAUCAAAUAUUUGACUAAAUUUGGGCACACAGAAGCAAAAUGUGCAUCAGAAAAGAAAAAAACUGGUUUUAAUUUUGUUAGUCAAAGUCAAAGUUUUGCAUCUUUUCUAAAGAAAAUAAAUAUUCUGUAAUCUGAUUUCUGCUUUUAUUUAUAAAAAACCCUCCUGCUCUUCAUUUUUCAACCAGUUGCCAUGUUAACAUUUUACUUUUUGAUCCAACAUCCUGUUUGACGUUUGAAAUUUGUUACAUUUUUACGUGCUUCAUGAAUAAAUCACAGCAUGCUGUAUUUGUAAACAAAUGAUGCAUCUUCUGCUGUUGAUCAUUAAACAACAAAGUACAGCAA